CAAAACCCAAAACCCUACAGAUCUUCCCCUGCGACGCUGCUCCGGGUCGAAUCACCGAUUCGGGUCAAAAUCUCACCUGAGCAAAAAUGUUCGCGAGGCGGCUCACUUCUUCUAUCUUCAAAGGAUCUUCAACCUCCUCAAGCUCGGACAAAACAGGGAAAGCUGGGACGUUGGGGUCUUUUGGUCGGAAGGCAGUAUCUUUUGUCUUGAUUACAGUCACUGGUGGUGUUGCUUUGAGUGCCCUCGAUGAUCUUUCUAUCUACCGUGGAUGUAGCAGCAAGGCGAUGGAGAAGGUGAUAAAUAGUAAGGCCAUGAUUGAAGCUAUUGGAGAGCCAAUUGAGAAAGGGCCAUGGUACAGUGCUUCACUAGCCGUUUCUCACCAAAGGCACUCAGUGUCUUGUUCAUUCCCUGUCAUUGGACCACAAGGCACUGGAAUCUUGCAUCUGAAAGCUGUUCGCGAUGGAGAAGAUAGCUUGUUGGGGUUUCUGAAGCAAAGGGACUGGGACAUUCUGAUGAUGGACGCACUUGUCCAUGUACCCUCAAACGAUGGACCCCAACAAACCUUGAGAAUCAACAUUUCUAACAUGGUUGAUCCUUCGCCUGGUAUCGACAACAAUAAACCUUCGGAACCACAAAAGCCAGAAAGAGCUAAAACGAGAGAGAACGCUGUGUGAUGUAUCAUUCGUCAUUGAGCUCCUGGCUAGGGUUUUAUUCCAUUCUAUUAUACAUCUUGUGGAGCAACAGAGAAUUGACUCUUUUGAUUUACUAAUAAAUAAUGAACACCCUCCCUACUUGAGUAUACAAAAGUUGAAUACAUGAUUGGUAAUAAUAAUUAGUCUAGUGAA